AUGGCUUUUCGUUUUGAAGUUGUACUUUCCAACGGAAAGAAGAAAUUCACUGCUAUCAGUAAUCUCUCAGAGGCAAAGAUAUUUUGCGCUAGAAACGAAAGGAAAUGGACCAGGAUUAUUUUACUACUUCAUGGUUUUCCAGAUAACAACACUUCAUUCAACGAAGUUGUUCCGAUCAUUUCUAAUUCUUUCAAGGAAGAUAAUGAAACUUUGCUUCUAAGUCCAGCAAUGAGGGGAUAUGAACCAUCUAGUCAAGGUAAGUUUGAUGAAUAUAGUUCUACUGACCUAGCAAAUGACGUCAAAGCUUGGCUUGACUCCAUAGACCCAGGUGAUAUCCCAAUUCAUCUUGUUGGCCAUGAUUGGGGAGCUAUUGCAGCUUUCAAAGCUGCUAGCUUAUAUCCCGACUUGAUUUCGUCAAUGGUUUGCUUGGCUAUCCCAUAUAUUCACAAUAUUAGAAUCUGGGAGUUGUUAUGGUAUGUCCCAGAACAAAUAUUCCUUUCGUCUUAUAUGAUUACCAUGCAAUUUGCUAGCCUAUAUCGCCCUAAGCUUUCUCAAACAGACAACAGCAGUUAUUUGGAUCAAUUAUGGAGCUAUUGGUCCCCUACUUGGAAUUACGAUAGGAGCGAUAUUGAAAGAGUCAGAAAAACCCUAUUGGGCCCUGGAGUUAUCGAUGCUGCUACGGCUUACUAUAGAUGUAUUGCUUCUCCAUUGAAUUUUUCUGGUAGACGAUGGGAAGUUGAUUUUGAAAAAGUUCCCACAUUGUUGCUUGGCGGAGAGAAAGACCGGUGUAUGAGCAAGAAAUUAUAUGAAUUGGAAAUUAAGAAAUUGCACCACAAUAAAAAGGCUGACGUGAAAAUCCUUUCAAACUUAGGCCACUUUUUGCAUCGUGAAGACCCUCUGAAAGUUGGAGAGUUGAUUGCAGAUUGGUUCAAAAAAUAUUCGUAA